AUGACGGACCAAUUGCAUAAUACAUAUCCCAGAUCACCGAUACCUUCUACAUCAUCUUAUGAUUCAUCUUCGGUAUCUUCUGCGACCUCUCCCAGGCCCCAAGGAUUGUACGAAGGAGGGUUAAUGGGAGCUUCGCCACGGCCAAUGACCGGAAACAUCCCUCACCCACAACACAUGGCAAUGACUUCAGGGCUUCCGCCACCCGGGCAAAGUCCCUUCCACCACAGUUAUGGCUCUGCUACUACCUCUCCAGGCGGAAUGGGCAUGGAUUCCAUAGCAUCAAAUGGGUCGUCAAGCGGCACUCCAGGCCCUUCUGUUGGACAAAUGACAUCGGCAAAUAUGCAAGCGCAAAAGCGAGCGUAUCGACAACGCAGAAAGGAUCCAAGUUGUGAUGCCUGUCGAGAACGAAAAGUUAAAUGCGAUGCAACGGAAACCAGUAGCUGUUCGGAGUGUUCUAGUAGGAAUGUUAAAUGUCAAUUUACGAAAGAGACAAAUAGACGUAUGUCUUCCAUCAAACAAGUUCAAGAUUUGGAGAAACAAAUUGCCCAAGUCAAGCGCGAGAAUAACCAAUUGAGAGCCAUGCUCAGUAUGAAAGAGGAUCAAAUGGAUGUUGAUGAAGGUUCGACUUCCAUUUACUUACCAGAGAUUGGAUCGCAACCUAAAAAGAGACCAAGAGCCCCUCUGCUACACGAUUUGUCAAAAAUACAAUCAAGCAUCGGGAACUAUAGCCAUGGAAUCUUCAAAACUCCAGCUCCAUACCGACAAAUAGGAUCACCAGUAAACAGAACUUCUCCGCCUCCCGAACUACCUCCUAAGCAUCUCGCAGAUCACCUCCUGAGAGCCUAUUAUUCUUCCAUACAUCUAGUAACACCCAUACUCCAUUGGCCAAACUUUGAGCGCGAGUAUGAAGAAGUUUACAAAAAGGGCUCUUUGGAAACUAUAUCACGGAACUGGACUGCAUUAUUCUUUGCGGUGAUGGCAGUGGGAGUUCUUUUCAGCACAGAGCCUAGUAUUCAAAGACCUUACAAAGGUAAAGAAUACAUAGAACUAUCCAUAAACCUUACAGAUCUUUGGAACGACGAUUACUGCAUAGAUCAUGCGCGUUCAGCGCUCCUUACCAGUAUAUUUCUUUACGAAAUGAAUCUUAAAUCGUCAGCGUGGACAUGGCUUGGAUCAAGUAUUCGAAUUGGACAAGAUUUGGGCCUUCAUUGCGAGACGGGACCGUGGCAAUUAGUUGAAGAUGAAAUGCGCAGAAGAGUAUGGUGGGGAAUCUAUAUUUGGGACCGGCACAUGUCGCUUGAACUUGGAAGACCCCUUCUUAUCGACGACGCAGAUUGCGAUGUUAAUCUCCCUAACCCCAUUGAUGAAUUUUAUUUGGGCUAUCGGUCUCCACCUGCGCCUCAAAAUAGCGCACAAACAAGCAUGCCGUCAACCUAUCUUCUUCCAAUUAUCUAUACCAUGCGCGCCAUAGGGUCUCUCCUCAAGACCCUCAAAUUACCCAUUAUUCCCCCUUCCACAAUCUCUAUAUUCGACACAUAUUUUACAAACUGUCUAUCCGCUUUUCCGCUCCCUUUCCAUCUCUCUUCCUCCGACCCUCUCGAAUCCACAACUCUCGUCCCAAUCUACCACCUUCUAAACGCACGUCUCUCACUUCACCGCCACAAUCUCACUACUUCUUCGCCACCCGAUCUACGCGCAUCCGCUAUCGAAUCCUGUAUUCUCGACUCUAUGAACAGUGCUUCUAUACUCUCUCGCGCUCUCCCUCAAAGUUCCACAAGCCCACUAUCCUCGCAAAAUCGAAGCUGGGGCCAAAGCACUAGCGCGAUGAUUUGUAUGCAUAUAUGGCGAUGCACUUUGUUUUUACUCUUUGGAGGACGAUUCGACGCCGCUGCGACAUGUAUUAGAGCGCUUGCUUAUGUUGGAUUUGAGAGAGAGGUUAAUGUGGCUUGUGGAAGAUAUAUUGGAUUCUUUUUGGGUGUAUUGAUUGAUAAGAAGAGGGGUUUGGACAAUAAAAGUAGGGAACAGGUGUAUUUAGGUCAAAAUUCCAGUCAGAGGAUAGGAAUAUUUGAUAUGGAUGAGGAGGUAUUGGCAUACUUGAGUGGAGAUCUGCAAGGUGGAGAUGAGAGUUGGAUUUGGCAAGGCAGAGAGGCGAUGGGGAUGAGGAGUCCCAAUGUUGCUGGAGGAGCGGGUGUGACUAGUCCUACAUUAUCAAGAGAGGGAGACAGAGACAGGGAGAUGGGAGGUAUGAGUGGAUUAAGUGGGGGACUUUUGGUGCUUGGGGAGGCAGAAGCGAGAGACUGGGGUGGGUGGGAAAGAGUGCAAUAUUUAGUGGAUAUUUUGGCUAGAGAAUCUAAUGCGCCUGGGCCUGUGCCAGGUUCUGGAUCUCUCCCUGGACAAGGACAAGGAAAUGCAUAUUUGCCCGAGCCUCGAGGCGUAUUUGGAUUAGGCUUGGGUGUAGCGCCCGGAGUAGCAGGAGGAAUGGGCGGCUCAACAGGAGGAUCAAUCGGAGGGGGUGGAAUGGGACCAAUUACAGCAAAACCACAAACAAGUCCUCCGGCUCGAAGAGACGACAGAAGCCGCGGCAACGAACGGAUGAGUAUUACAAACAUCAUCUAA